CUUUCCGAUGCAGUUAUGCUUGCAUUUGAAUACGGUCAAGGUUGCAAUGAAACAAAGUAUAUAAUGAUACGUAGUUGUGCAGCUGCUCUUUUGCGAGCCAAUUGUAAAAUUGGAGCCCCAAAACCAUACCACGGAGUUCUGUCAAUCAACAGAUCAAUUCAUCAACAAGAAAAACAGGACGUACAGUUUCCGUAUUUAAUCCAGGAUCGGGUUUAUGAAAAAGUACGAACCCAAAACUUUGCGCCAAUUCCGAUUGCAAAAUGCUCUAAAAAGGAAGAUGCACUUAAUGCUGUUGAGUUCGAAAAACGCAACAACUUAUCAUAUGAUGGAAUUCCCUACUCUGAACUUCCAAUAGUUUUAAUACAGGCGCGGUGGAAUAACACACUAAUCGAGACUAAGUACCGGAAAGAAGUUUUUUCGUAUGUUUCGUGCAACCGAGAGGGAUUCAAGAACGCAAAGAAAAAAACUGAUCAUGCAAGUGAAAUGACUGGUAAAGCUGGUGCUCAAAAAGCUCUUAUAGCUGGCUGUCAUAAGCACGUGAGGGUGGUGUUACGUGGUAUAGGACCGGGGAGGAAAGCGGCGAUAAAAGGUUUAACUUUGGGCGGAAUGAACGUUGUUUCAAUCACCGAUACCACUCCUAUUACAAAUAAUGGCCUACCCCAAAGACCCAGGAAAAUACGGCGACUGUAAAGUGACUAUUAACUAGUUUGUUUUAGUAAAGAUAAGUUUUCAAUUUUAUUUAUGGAACAUGAUCAUUUGCCAACAGUUUUAAUAAUUGUCUUUUUCCUCUGAAAUAAAUGACGAAUAUCCACACAU